AUUCGGCCCGUAGAACGGCUCCAGUCGAACAGGAAUCGUCUAAUCGUCGCCGGCCCUCGCGCCCUUCUGCUCCUCCGCAAACCCCAUCCCGCCGCCCUAAUCGAGGUCAGUUUCCCUUUCUCCGCUCACCCCUCCCGCCGCCGGCUCCUCUCCUGUUGUUCGCAAUCACCAAAUAGUCUCCUUCUUCUUCCCGAUUCCAAAUAAUCUCCUUCUUCUUCCGUCAAAUUAAUUCUCGCGAUCAGAAUAAUCCGUGGUUAGAUUAACCUUGAAGUGCUAUUUCGUUUACGAUCCGAACGCGAUCCCGUCGCUCGUGUUCGAGUCCGUGUCGGCGCCGAAUCGAAGAACCCCCUUUUGCAUAUACGCGGCUCGAAAGUCUCAACUCGGCGGAUCGAACCGCACAAGAACUCGGCGUCUGAUCUGAUACGGAUUCGUGCCUCGCCGAGUUAUAUAUGUCGCGGCGAGUUCCGUGCGUGGAAGCCUCAGAAAAUUUCUCGUGAUCGCGGAGCCCCCAAGAACUUGAGGAACAAGUAGAGGAGGUGGGUGGAGGGGAUCGAAGAAAAGCAGGGCCGGCAUGAGGAUCACGCAAGGUAGCAAGGUGGAGGUUUGGACGACGGAGGCGGCGCCGCCAAUGGGCGCGUGGCGCGCCGGCGAGGUGAAGUGGGGCAACGGCCACUCCUACAUCAUGCGGUGGUUCGACGGCGGCCCCGACUCCGGCCGCAUAUCGAGGAAGUUCGUCCGGCCUUUCCCCCCGCAUGUCGAUCUGCCAGAGGACCUGGAGGCCGGCGACAUCGUGGAGGUCUCGGACCGCGACCUCUGGAAGUGGGCCGAGGUCGUGCGCGCCGGCCACGGCGGUGACCGCCAGUUUGACGUCAAGAUCAUCGGCUCCACCAAGGUCCUCACGGCGGACCGGGGGGCGCUCCGGGUCCGUCAGGUGCUCAGGGAAGAUGACGUCUGGGUCGUGCACCACAAGGAUAAGGAAAUCGCGGCCGUGCCGUCGCGCCCCAUCGCCGGUAAAAACAUCAAAAGCAAAGCCAAUGUUGCCAGGAAAGUCAAUGUUGCCAACGGCGAUGACGGCAGCAAGUUCGCCGCGCAGGCCUUCAAGCUGGGCAAGACGAAGCGGAGCAACGACUGCAUGGUGGACUCGGACAUCGUCAGAGAUGUCAAGAGAUUUCAGGGCAACGGCGACACCAAGAGGCCCUUGACCAAUAAAGAACUGGCACCAAGAUACGAUGACAACGUAGAAGUCAUGGAUGUACACCCGAACCAUUACCUGAUCAAGAAGCAGCAGGAGGCGAGGGACAACAAUGAAUUAGAUCGUCAUGUGGCCAGAACAGAUAAGGACAGCGACGAUGAUUCUAGCAGCAAGUCUGAUACAUCUUCAGCUGGCAGCAGCAGCUGCAGCAGCAGCAGCGGCGGCGGCGGAAGCAACAACAAUUGUGGUGGUGAUGGCGCAGUUUCCGCCACCGGCGAGACUUGCCAAGAUCAAGACGCCGCAAUUCAGCCACUGCCGAGCUGCAAGAAAUUGCAGGAGCACGAUUCUGAUGACAGGACGGAGUCUCGUGCCAGCGGGGGAAUGCACCACCGCCCGGCAAACGAUCAAGCGGCGGCGGUGACGAAACAAGAAGAGGAACAAGACUACGAGCGCGUCCAUGAUCUGGAGCUGGACGCGUACGUGAGUGUCAUGGCAGCGUUCCACGCCACCGGCUCGCUGACCUGGGAAAAGGAGGAGCUGCUGUCCAACCUCCGCUUGCACCUCCACAUCUCCAGCGACGAGCACCUGCAGGUCAUAUGGCGCCUCAACGGCAAGAGGAAACCUGCAGGCGGCGGACCAACACGCAGCGUCCACUGCUAGUUGUAUUUUUUGCUCUCAAAUUUUAGAGGUGAGAGGGAAUGGCUCCGGCUGGGUAAACUGUUGUGUACAUGUACUGUUGCAUUGGCAACUGGAUGUGUAUGAAGAGCCAUUUUUACCUGUUAUGCCAUGACUUCAGCAGUAUAGAGAGAAAAUUUCCAAGCCUUUACAAGAGAGGCAUGUUUGUGCACGUGCAGCGAUUCCUGCCCUCAGCCCUUGGAUGAUAGAUUAAAUUUCUUGGGAUGUGCUA